GGCUCAGUGCGAGCCGGGUAGGGUCGAACCCGGAGCAGGGUCCCAGCCGAGCGUGGACUGGCGGCAGGAUGUUCAGCUGGAUGGGGCGGCAGGCGGGCGGGCGCGAACGCGCGGGCGGCGUUGACGCGGUGCAGACGGUGACGGGCGGGCUGCGCUCGCUCUACCUGCGCAAGGUGCUGCCGUUGGAGGAGGCGUACCGCUUCCACGAAUUCCACUCGCCUGCGCUGGAGGACGCCGACUUCGAGAACAAGCCCAUGAUCCUGCUGGUGGGCCAGUACAGCACCGGCAAGACCACCUUCAUCAGAUACCUACUGGAGCAGGAUUUCCCAGGCAUGAGGAUUGGUCCGGAGCCCACCACUGACUCCUUCAUCGCUGUGAUGUAUGGAGAGACUGAGGGCAGCACCCCAGGGAAUGCUUUAGUCGUGGACCCCAAAAAGCCGUUUAGAAAGCUCAGUCGCUUUGGAAACGCUUUCCUGAAUCGAUUCAUGUGCUCACAGCUGCCCAAUCAGGUCCUGAAGAGCAUCAGCAUCAUCGACAGCCCCGGCAUCCUUUCUGGGGAGAAGCAGCGCAUCAGCCGAGGCUAUGACUUCUGCCAGGUCCUGCAGUGGUUUGCCGAGAGGGUGGACAGGAUCAUCCUGCUCUUUGACGCUCACAAGCUGGACAUCUCAGAUGAAUUCUCAGAGGCCAUCAAGGCCUUCCGGGGCCAGGACGACAAGAUCCGUGUAGUGCUGAACAAGGCCGACCAAGUGGACACGCAGCAGCUGAUGCGGGUCUACGGGGCCCUCAUGUGGUCCCUGGGCAAGGUCAUCAACACGCCAGAGGUGCUGCGCGUCUACAUUGGCUCCUUCUGGGCGCAGCCCCUGCAGAACACAGACAACCGCCGGCUCUUCGAGGCCGAGGCCCAGGACCUCUUCAGAGACAUCCAGAGCCUCCCCCAGAAGGCAGCGGUGCGCAAACUCAACGACCUCAUCAAGCGAGCGAGGCUGGCCAAGGUGCAUGCCUACAUCAUCAGCUACCUGAAGAAGGAGAUGCCAAGUGUAUUUGGAAAGGAAAACAAGAAGAGAGAGCUUAUCAGCAGGCUACCGGAAAUCUAUAUUCAGCUACAGCGAGAAUACCAGAUUUCUGCAGGGGACUUCCCCGAGGUCAAGGCUAUGCAGGAACAGCUUGAGAACUACGACUUCACCAAAUUCCACUCGCUGAAGCCCAAGCUGAUCGAGGCAGUGGACAACAUGCUGAGCAACAAGAUCUCGCCCCUCAUGAACCUCAUCAGCCAGGAGGAGAUGAGCACGCCCACGCAGCUGGUGCAGGGCGGCGCCUUCGACGGCACCACUGAGGGCCCCUUCAACCAGGGCUACGGGGAGGGCGCCAAGGAGGGCGCCGACGAGGAGGAGUGGGUCGUGGCCAAAGACAAGCCCGUCUACGACGAGCUCUUCUACACUCUGUCGCCCAUCAAUGGCAAAAUAUCGGGUGUCAACGCCAAGAAGGAGAUGGUGACCUCCAAGCUGCCCAACAGCGUCCUGGGCAAGAUCUGGAAGCUGGCCGACUGCGACUGCGAUGGCAUGCUGGACGAGGAGGAGUUCGCGCUGGCCAAGCACCUCAUCAAGAUCAAGCUCGAUGGCUACGAGCUGCCCAGCAGCCUGCCCCCCCACCUCGUGCCACCCUCGCACAGGAAGUCCCUGCCCAAGGCCGACUGAGGGGCGGGCCGCAGAACGGGGCGGGAACUGGAGGACCCGGGCCUCAGGCCUGCUCCGCCACUGACUCACCAAAGGACCUUGGGCAAGGCACUGCCCUCUCUAUGCCUCAGUUUCCCCAUCUGUAGAAUGGGGAGGGUGGACACUGGAAACUAGA